UAAGUUUCAGAUAACUAUCUCAACCCCAGUUUCUUUUAACUUUUAACUAAAAUUCUAAUUUCUCUAAGAUUAGUGCUUCACAGGCACCAAGAACAGAAAGGCACACUUGUGUUCAGCCAACUUUGAAACCCAAGCUUAUCUUCAAGAGUGACCUAGCCCAAUCAAGCCAAGUUCAUAAUCUCUCUUACCUGCAGGUAUCAUUUUAAAAAGUGAACUCUCUUCUAUGCACUUCCCUAGAAGUUUUUGAUUAUGUUAACUGUUGUUAGAUUUAAACUAUUUCAAAGUUACUUCUGCCAUCCUGACUGUGGUUUUCCUUAAUCUGGGCCACAGUAGAGGUGGUUAAACCUCCUCCCAACCCAAACCCUGCUAUUAAGUAAGAGCAUCUACAGAUAUAGAUGUGACCAGAAGACAAAAUGAACAGUUUCAAACCACUAUGUAACUGAAGGACCUUGUGAUUGCCAAGUGCCCCCAAGUCCAAUCACGCUGACACGUGUGAUGCAUAUACCACCUUUAGCAGCUGUUCCAGGAACCAGGAUGGUUCCUGAAUGAGAGCAUCCCUUAAUAGUCACCCCAGCAACAGUUUAUUUAGAAAAUAUCUUUCAGCUAUGGAUUUAUAUAAUCAGAGUGCUAAAUAGUAUGAUCCUUUUGUUGUAUUAAGUAGCCCACAAAAUAAAAUACUGGCCUCUUUCAAUAGCAGUAAUUGAAAUGCAAAUAUGAAAUACAAAUGUGGUUUUCUCUCUCCACAGACCUGAGAGGUGCCUGUUUUUCAAACUGGGGGCUGACCCCCUUUAAACGUCUGCAGUCAGCAGAGAGUUGUAUGCUCCAUAUUUUAUUCCUUUCCUUCUAGAAAAACUCCUUUUACCUUCAGCUUUUUGUUUUAUCCCCAUUUUUCAGUUGCAUCCACCUAUUUUCCCUUGGUUUAUGCAUCCUUUGGACAGGGACUAAUUUUACAGUUGUGACUCAUCUGUCACAGGAGGGCUGUUCUAUGAUAGGAGCUCUCAAGCAUAUCUGCAAAACCAAAUAAAUAUGCAAAUAACUGCAAAAAUAAGUAACAACGAAACCAAAUAACCAAAACAAUGUUUGAGCAAUAAGGAAUUGCUUCUGGAUAUUUUGGGCCAGAUUAGGCACUUUACAGUCUGUCAUGAAGAAGGAUUUGACAUGAAUACAGCAGGGUCUUUGCAAUGUAGCAACUGAUGGAAAAAAACAUCAGGCAAUAUUUCAGUGUUACAUGCAAAGCAUUGCAGUCAGAGGAGAGCUAGUAAAUAUAAUCACUAAUUUUCUUCUUGUUGUUUCACUGUUGAAACAGAAGAAAAGAGAGACAAUCAAAAUAAGAGGAAAUGGACUUUUGUCUCUUAAUCACCUGCACUUAGCCAACUUUUAUUCCUAACAAGCAAAAUUUACUUUGGUAACAGUCCCCUUAAAUGCUGUGAAAUAAAUAAACUUUCAAAUGGAGUGUAAAAUUUACCUAAUAUUUUCAUGGCUCUUGGAAAUUAUGAGAUCUUUGAAACAAACACUUUCAUAUAACCAAUUCAUCAUAAAUUAAUCAUAACAUCACAACAGAACAAUCAAGAUGAAUUCAGUCAACUUUAAUGUAAAUGUAAUUUCUGGUUUUGUAGGUGCUCCAUUACAAUUGGUCUGCAUUUAAAUAUGAGUGAAUAGUCAUCGAAAAUGAAGUCUACUCUCACUUUUUCUCUCCAACAUAUCUUCUGGAUGUACAUAAUGUAACUUGAGUCCUGAGAGGAAUGGGUAUUGCUGCUCUGUCUAUGCCACUAGCCUGUACUAUCACAAACACACAACUUAGGAUUUUGUAUCUGGUCAGUCUGGUAUGAGUUUCAUAAAUGGAAAAACUUACAAAACAUACCCAGCUAAAUGAAAUUCUACAUUUUGUUUAAGUAAAAGAAAAAAAAAAAAAGUGUCAUAAAUUGCAUUUAAAAAUUCCCCCAUUUUUGCCAGAGGAAACAAAGUUGACCAGAGAAUGAAGAAAAUUCUGUGAAGGAAAGAUGCUUUGGCCCUAUGAUUAGACAUGGGGAUUUUUAAAAACAGCAUAGCAGUACUUUAAAGCAAAAAUGGUGAAAAAUAUUUAUUUUUAAGCAAGGUCAUGAUAUUAUUAACAUAGAACAUUCAAAAGGUUCUAAAUGUCCUCAUGGUCUCAGCCAUGAUGAGUUUCUGGUAAAUCCUGAGCCAUUCAUGCUGCUACAUGUUAUGUGUAUGGGCUCAUAGAGAUACCAGUGAAACCUUGGUGCUGCAUCUCACAUGGGGACAAAAUCUACCAAGAGACUGAAGCAGUUCCCUGCUGCAGGCAAAGGAGAGCCUGCAGAAGGUCACUCUGCAGGUUCAUGUUGGGAAAUUUGCCACAGGAAGGGACAGGGAGGAAUGAAGCAAAUUCAAACACACAAAAAUGAUGUUCACUGUAUGUAUAAUACUCAUGCAACACCCUUUUGCAUUUGUAAUACAGACUGCCUCGGGGGAGCUGGAGGAAGACUUUUGCAAGGAAUUAAAUUGUUCUUUUAAAAGACAAAAAAACUAUGUAUGAAUGAUAAAGGGCAUUGAGAUGACAGAAAUCAGUUACCUGUUCAUAUUCCACAUACUAGAGACACAUAUCACUGGAGCACAGAUUUAACCACUUAACCAAAAUUCUCUAUAGCUAUAGCAACUGCUCAAGCAUACCUCUCUUGCUAAAUCCACUUCUGAAAAUAAACAUAUCUUGUCAUUCUUCUAAAAUUUGCAUCUUUGCAUUCAUGCCCUUCAGUAUUUCCAUAAUAAACUGUCUAACAUGACAAUUAGAACAAUUCAUUAACAAUGUGUGCAUUUAAAUAUUGAUUAAAGUGUGUGUGUGUGUGGGUAGUUUUUGUUUGUUUGUUUGUUUCAAACAGGCUUUGGGGCAUGUUUGCAAAGUAAAACUGAGACCUGAUUUGGAAACACUAAUUAUAGGCUCUAUGAAUUUAAAUGAGCAGGUCCAAAAGUACAUGACCGUCUUUCCAUCUGUAGGAAUUAUUUGUGAGAUAAUCCUAACUCUUUUUGCUGAAAACACUGAAAUGUCAGAUAGUCAAAAGGUAAAAGUAUAAUUAUCUCAGUUUUUGUUUCAAGGAUUUAUAAAUCAAUAUUAUUUCACCUGAGUAAAAUAAGGAGUUCUGUUUCUAAGAGAGGCUCAAGAGCAAUCAGAAGUAGGGAAGCCAAGAGAACUGAACUCUGUUGUUUUAGUAACUACACCACUGGUGUUUAGCAACUAUUUGACCAGCAAUAAAGAUCUUGGAUAGGUGCCUCUGGGUUUUAAUUCCUAUUCAGUUGCAUUCAAUAAGUACCCUAUUCUAAUGUAACCAAAACAGGACGCAGGAAUUGAGUUUCUAGCUUUUCAUUCCCUCGGCAGGAAACCGUUGAUCUUUUUUCCAAAUAGCUGAAAACAAAGGAAAAUAUUCAGAGAAUGAAAAUGUUUGAGGUAGAGAAGAAGGUAAUCAUUUACAUAUGUGCAUUGAAAAGUUUUGAAAAUUAGUUUUGGAGCUCUGCUUGCACUUGCAUUCCUUCCCCGCUUAUUGCUGCUCUCUAACAGCAAACUUUGCUCAAUUCUGUCAGAGUCAACAGAAAAAAAAUACAAUAUCGCCCAGCAGAGUCAAGCAGCAGGAAAACAGCUUUGCCAAAAAAUAAAUCUUGCCCAAACAUACAUGAAGUAAUGAAUCCAAAUAGACACACAAAAGAAAAGAGAACAAUUCCUGCUAACAUCCAUCAUUCUAGCAAAUACUUGACAAUGAGGGGCAAGAGAGACUUACAGUUUUCCUCCAAGCCAUCCGAGGAGGGAGAAAAUGUGUACGAGACUGUAAGUUCUUCAAUGCUGGAGGCUGUUCAUUCCUUGAGAAUCCUCCCUGCCAAACCUCUACAAGAAUCUGAAUAUGCAGAUAAACGUUGCUUAAGGCCUUCAGGUACCACUUCCCCAACGAGCAAGAGCCCACCUCAGCCCCUUCAACACUCAGUUAUUCGCACAUUUGAUCCAGAGGAGAGAACACUGCCAAAUGUAAGAGGAGGAAGAAUGAAAAUACAUGGACACCAGGAGCCCACACCUCCCCCACGGCCUCCAAGGAUGCUGCCAAAGCAGUAUCAGCCCCUUCCUCCAGAGCCAAGAACAAGCAGCCAGGUCUUUCACAAGAGGAACACGGUCCGCCAAGAUCCCACCUUUCCAAUAUCAGCACAAGUCACAAGACAUUCAUCUGUUAGAGAAUCAAAUAUAGUACCUGGAAGAGACCAAGUUACAAGUUUGGGGAAGAAACCUGAAGUAUCUUUUCAACCACAACAGCAUACUCCUGAAGCCAGCCCUCAAUGUACAUGGAGCUCUAAAAACAUUUGCAGAUCAGGUUCCACAUUAAGUGUGGAUAAUUUGACAGUAAAGAAGCCACCACCUCCUCCAUCAUAUGCAACAUGCAAAAAUAAAUCAAAACAUUUGCUUGUGGAACAGGAAAUGCAAUCUCAACCCACUGAAAAGGAUUUAAACAAAUGUGAAUGGUACGUUGGAGAAUAUGAUCGCCAUAAAGCAGAGAAGAUACUGCUACAGAAAAACCUUGACGAGACAUUCUUGGUUAGAGAUUGUUCAAAGAAAUCAAAGGCUGAACCAUACGUUUUGGUUGUUUAUUAUGGAAGAAGAGUAUACAACAUCAAAGUCCGUUUUCUGGAAGAAAGCCAACAAUACGCAUUGGGAACAGGGCUCAGAGGAGAGUGUAAAUUUAAUUCCGUGGAAGAGAUCAUUGACUUCUACAAAUCCGUUCCCAUAACACUCAUUGACGGAAAGGAUCAGUCAGGAAACCACAGAGAACAAUGCUACCUCUCACAUCCAUUCAAGUCACGCUGACGUUUUCUGCCUUAUUGUUACUGAUUUAUCCGCACAGAUAUAAAUAGAACACUUAUUUAAAUGUCUCAAGAAUCAGAUUCACCUUUUGAGCAAGGAGCUCCCCAUAACAUAAUGAAGCAUUUUUCAGAUCUACUCUAUUAUUUGAUUGUUGCAUUUUCACUUUGAGGAUAUAAGUAAAGAAUAUAUCAAUUUAUAAUUCACAGGAAGGUGUUGAGGCCAACUCCUGGUAUCUUGACAAUGAAUGACCAAUUUGCUUAUCUUGUACUCUACUUUCUAAUUUAAGAUGAAAAUGAAACUUGCCCUUGCUUUAAGAUGAAAAUGAAACUCUCCCUUGCUUACCUAAAUGUCACUGAAACUCCAUUAAGUAGCAAAACCCAAUAAAGUAUACCAGCACAAUACCACAGUCAUUAAAUAAAUAUUCUUGCUUUUAAAAAUACACAUGAAACCCUGUGUGUCAGAGUUCUCACUGUCUAACAAUUUCAUGUGGUGUGCAUGUUUGCUCAACAACAAGCUGUGCUCAGCUGCCACUGAAGUUAAUGUCAGCUGAUGUUUAUAGGUAUUGGAGAUUUUAAAGCUGACUGUAAUUAUGUAAAUUCUAUUAUUCAAUGAGUACUUAUUAUUUAGUUUAAAGUAGCAGAUACUUGUAUUCCAUACCUGAGCCUUCACUUAUGUAAUAGGACCAUUAUGCAAACAGUCACUUUAAAUUCAUAUCAGGUGCAAAUGUAGAAAUAAAAAUUGUAAGCAGGAAGAGUAGAUGUACUUCAAAAUCAGCAAGAAAACACGCUUCAGUGUGUAUGAGCAAUAAACAUGAGAAUGUGAUUAUUUUUCCAGAAAAAAAAUGCAGAAAUAUUCAUUCACACAAUGUAAGUUUUGGAAGCCCAGCUAAGUUCUGUGUGUAUACGAAGGCAAACCAUUCCAUAUGCACAUGAAGGGAUUUUUCUGCACAGCAUCGAUAAUCUUCCCAACCUCACUCAGAAGUUUGACUUAGGUUACGUAAUAUACCUAGGUUAUAUACUUAGGUUAUUGUAAUAUACCAAAUAAUAUUGCAAUAUACCAAAAAAGGAACUUUCGUUACUUUAUCCUUAUAGAAUAGGAACAAGAAGAACAAAACCACUCAAGCCCAAAACCACAACAUUCCAACCCAAUUUAUGACAUUAUUAUGUAGUGGCACAAACUAGCUCUAAAAAAAUUUAACAAUUGAUUGUUAUUUUCUUGCAACCUUUUUAUUUCUCAAUGUUGCAUCAAAAGGGAAGAAAACAUCCACUGCAAAUUAUUUUCUCUCUAACUGAUGAAAGCAUUAAACUUGAAGGAAAUUGACAUAAUUUUAUCUGAUAAAAGUAACAAAACAGAAGCUGCUAAAAUAGAGUUUAGCAGAGUUCAUUAAAAAAAACGAUGACAUAACCUGCUUUAAGAAUUUCAUAACCACAAUACAACUUAACAUACAACAGGUUUUCGUGUUGAAACAAAAAAAAAAAUUAAAAAUAAAAACCUUAAAAAAACCCAAGGCUUAACAAUUUAGAUAACAGAUUAUGGCAGUGACAUACAGAGCUUUGCAGAUGUUUACUAAAGUAAACAGCAAACUUUCUUACAGAAGACAAGCAUUACUAGUAUCCUUAAACCACCCAGGGUUCACAAAGCUGAGCAGCAACACUUCCCCAUCCCCCCGGUACAGUUUUCACGAGCAAUGUUCUGAUUCUGCCAGUGACAACUCUUACAAAGCAAAUUCGAAACUAUUUAUUUGGUAGCUUCUAUGGAAACAAAAUUAAUUUGACCAGUAACCUGGACUGAAGGAAUUUAAACAAAGGAAUGCUAACCACUGGGUUUUUGUGUUAACCAUUUCAGUAUUUAUUGUAUAUGAUACACUAUAAUUUUAAAAUGGAAACUAUUUUCACCAUUGAAAAUGCAAAUAGCACUGUUAGGUUUGGCAUCAAAGUAUAUGAAGCGGAAAAAAAAAAAACCCUCUAGAGUACCCAUCUAAAAAAAUAUAAUUCCAUUUGAAUACAAAAUGAGAACUGUCAUUUCCUUAUUAUUGACAAAACAGGAAAAACAAAGUUUGUUCUGUGGAAUAGGUUAGUGUGAUACAAAUGAUACAAAAAUUUUCCACGUGUACACGAUGAAAAAAGAUCUGACUUAAAGCACCAGCUAUCACAAGGAUUUUAACACUGUAUUGCAAAAUUAUGGGAAAGAAAUAAGUGGUUUUGAAAAUAAACCUCAGUCAGAUGUAGUUUUAAAAUAUUUACAUUCCAAUGUAGAUAUGAUAAAUAUUUUAUCAAAACAAUGUAUAAUCUGCUGGAGUAGAUAAAAAAAUAUUCCCAGCUAAACUGUUUACAAAAAUGCACCAUCAGUGAAAAGAGUUAGGGACUACCAGUUUACCAGAGAAGUCCCAGUUCAAACAUAGAACACACAUCCAGCAUUAGAGUCAGUAUUGAUUUUCAUAUUUCUUAAACUGUAACACGUUAAUUGUAAGUAUGUGCUUCAAUAUACUUCAUUCUAUAUGAUUCUGAAAUUAUUUAGAAUUGACAAUACGAAGAGAAACAUCCACAGCUCACAUACAGAAACAGUAACUUCAGUGUCAUCCCAUCCCUUUUUUUACUAAAAAACUGCAAUUUGGCCCUGAUUUAGAGAAGUGUUUAAGUAACUGAGCAAUGUUUACACUACACUUAAGUCAGUAUGCAUCAGACAUAAUCUGUAACUAGGCACAUGCUUGUAUGAAUUUGAGGCCUACAAAAAAAUAAAUUGGAACAACAUCUAAAUUCAUAAGCAUGAAUGAAAGAUUGCACUGAAAAUGUGGUUCAACACUGUCAAUAUCAAAGCUGUGCAACAUGGCUUUUCAUUUUGAAAAGUCUUCAACGAGUUCCCCAGUAAACAAACUCACCAACUAGAGCUCUAACCAAAUACUGAGUCUGUAAAUGCUUCUAUCACACACAAGAUGGUAGAGGGUUUAUGUUUGGCUAAUACUAUUUGAGAACAGCCUUGAGGCCAUACAGAGUAGUGCUUUUAACUAUCAGCCCAAGCCUGAUGUUAUCUCUGGCUUGAUGGUACAGAA